AUGCCCCUUGGUGGCCGAGUCGAUAAUAAGGCGCCCUUGCUACGACCACAGACCCGCCGGCUGGACGAGAAGCAGGCUGAGAGGAAGAAGCGUCUUUUUAACGGUGCCCAAGCGGAGAGUCUCUCACAAAGAAUCAUAUCAUCAUCAUCUACUUCAGACUGCCAUCUCCGGCCGACGUCGCAGCCGAGCAGGACGGCGUCGCACGAGCAGGCGACGAAGGAGGCCCUUGAAGGAGAUAAAAGGGUAAAAUUCCCGAGGCCGCCGCAGAAGACGCAAGACGCAGGAAGACCGCAGAAGAAGAGACAAGAAGAAGAAGACAAGAAGAAGACAAGAAGGACAAGAAGAACAAGAAGAGCCAGAAGCCAGAAGCCAGAAGAGACGCAGAAGAAGCAAAGAAGAAUUGAAACCCUUUCGUCACUUUGCUUUUUCCCUCGGUGGCUUCUUUGCUUCUUCUGCUCGUUUUCUUUUCUUUUUUAA